AGUUUAGGAGCCAAGGCCCUUGGGGAAGGCGGGCCUGGAGGCCUCCCUGGAGGAGAAGGAAGGAAGAGACAGUGACUGGGAGAGCCUAGGGACAGGACACCCUAUCGGGCUUCCCGCAGGAAGAAGAGGUUGGGGGGAGCAGUUAAAGUCACCCCGAAGGGUUUCCCAUCGGUAGAAGAGGAAGAAGCUGAAGGGGAAGGAGAGUGAGUUUUCAGACCCGGAAGCUGGGGCUGCUGGAGGGGAAGAAUCCAAGUCUGAGAAUGGGGAGAAUGCACCCAUUUACUGUGUUUGCCGCAAGCCUGAUAUCAACUGCUUCAUGAUCGGCUGUGACAAUUGCAAUGAGUGGUUUCAUGGUGACUGCAUCAAGAUCACAGAGAAGAUGGCAAAGGCCAUCAGAGAGUGAAAAGGACCCAAAGCUGGAGAUCCGAUACCGACACAAAAAACCAUGCCGUGAGCGUGACGGGGAACCCGAGGCUGAGCCCAGGGAUGAUGCGGCCACCCCACGGAGGAAGGCUGCCUCAGAUCUCCUCGUAGAGCCUGUGGGAAGUGGGCCCAUGGCCAUCCCCAAGGGCUUCACCUCUCCCCACAAAGCCCCGCCUCCGUCAGGACCUGGGCCUGCGCGAGAGGUAUCUAACCAGCAAAUCAAACGGUCAGCUCGGAUGUGUGGGGAGUGUGAGGCCUGCCGAAGGACUGAGGAUUGUGGCCACUGUGACUUCUGCCGUGACAUGAAGAAAUUUGGGGGGCCCAACAAAAUCCGCCAGAAAUGCCGGCUGCGGCAGUGCCAGCUCCGAGCCCGGGAAUCCUAUAAGUAUUUCCCUUCCUCGGUGAGUCUGGCGUCAGCUGUGCAGAAACUUCUCCGGGCACGGGAGGACCAUUUCCAGAUGUUAAAGGAGCCGCCAGAGGCUGUGGCCACACCCGAGGCACUCUCUGAUGAGGAUCUGCCUUUGGACCCUGAGCUCUAUCAGGAUUUCUGUGCUGGCGCCUUUGAUGACCAUACCUUGCCAUGGUUGAGUGACCCUGAGGAUGCUCCUUUCCUGGACCCAGCACUUAGGAAACGUGCAGUGAAAGUAAAACAUGUCAAGCGGCGGGAGAAGAAGUCAGAGAAGAAGAAGGAGGAGAAGUAUAAGCGUCACCGGCAGAAGCAAAGGCACAAGGAUAAGUGGAAGCACACUGAACGCCCAGAUGCCAAGGACCCGGCCUCCUUGCCCCAGUGCCUGGGCCCUAGCUGUGUCCAGCCUGCCCAGCCAGGAUCCAAGUACUGCUCUGAUGACUGUGGCAUGAAGCUGGCUGCCAAUCGCAUCUAUGAGAUCCUACCCCAGCGAAUCCAGCAGUGGCAGCAAAGCCCGUGUAUCGCAGAAGAACACGGAAAGAAGCUUCUGGAGCGGAUCCGAAGGGAGCAGCAGGGAGCUCGAAUGCGCCUGCAGGACAUGGAACGCCGCUUUCACGAGUUGGAGGCUGUCAUCCUCAGAGCCAAGCAACAGGUGGUUCGAGAAGACGAGGAGAGCAACGAGGGAGACAGCGAGGACACAGACCUGCAGAUCUUCUGCGUCUCCUGUGGCCACCCUAUCAACCCCAAGGUGGCAUUGAGGCACAUGGAGCGUUGCUAUGCCAAGUACGAGAGCCAGACAUCCUUUGGGUCGAUGUACCCCACCAGAAUUGAGGGGGCCACUCGACUUUUCUGUGAUGUCUACAACCCACAGAGCAAAACAUAUUGCAAGCGCCUGCAAGUCCUAUGCCCUGAACACUCCAGGGACCCUAAGGUGCCUGCAGAUGAAGUGUGUGGCUGCCCCCUGGUACGGGACGUGUUCGAGCUGACCGGAGACUUCUGUCGCCUGCCCAAACGACAGUGCAAUCGCCACUAUUGCUGGGAGAAGCUUCGGAGGGCCGAGGUGGAUCUGGAGCGUGUGCGAGUGUGGUACAAGCUGGAUGAGCUCUUCGAGCAGGAGCGCAAUGUCCGGAUGGCCAUGACUAACCGAGCCGGCCUGCUGGCGCUCAUGCUGCACCAGACCAUCCAGCACGAUCCCCUCACCACAGACCUGCGCAACGCCGACCACUGAACCGCCAGGCCCGUGUGGCUCCACCCCCGCUCUUCCACCUCCAUCUCUCCAAGUGUGGCCCGUUGGGCUCUGCAGCGAACCUUCCGCCAUUCUCCUCCCCGUAUCCCCCUGUGCCCUUGUUUGUUUGCUUCCUUCCUUGCUCUGCCCCUGUCCCGCCCUCCUCCCUGACCCUUUGGGUGAGGUGGAGGUCCGUUCGCUUCAGCCACCCCUUCCUAACCUCGGUAGCCCCCACUGCUCCAGCGACUGAUGCAGGGAGAUGGAGGCCCCGAAAGGGAACCAGCCAAGAGUUUGGGGGGGGGGGGGCCUGGGGUUGAUGCUGCUCCCUGAAGGUCACAAUAAACAUUGGAAGAAAUAGGC